UGACGCCCAAAGGUGCGGUGGAUGCCCGGUGGUAGGUGCGCUACGGAGAAACCCUGGGAAGGACGAACGACCUCGGUUGGACGUGUGGAUUGUAGCCUGCUGCUGGAAGGCUGCUCCCCCAUCAUGAUCAUAACACUGCGGGCUCUCUUCGAACAAGGGAGGACAUUUUUUGAUGCACAGAAAUCAGUGAUUGAAGAAUUCGUCAUGAACAAGAACAAGAGAGAAAGAGAGUUCUACAGCCUAGAUGUUGGGGAUUCAACGUUUACAGUACUGAAAAGAUACCAGAAUCUCAGACCCAUUGGCUCAGGAGCACAGGGAAUCGUUUGCUCUGCUUAUGACCAAACCCUUGAAAGAAAUGUUGCCAUCAAGAAACUAAGUCGACCGUUUCAGAAUCAGACCCAUGCCAAGAGGGCAUUCAGAGAACUAGUUCUUAUGAAAUGUGUCAAUCACAAGAAUAUCAUUGGCCUAUUAAAUGUAUUUACACCACAGAAAUCAUUAGAAGAAUUCCAAGAUGUAUAUUUGGUGAUGGAAUUGAUGGAUGCCAACCUGUGCCAGGUCAUUCAGAUGGAGCUAGACCAUGAAAGGCUUUCCUAUCUGCUCUAUCAGAUGUUGUGUGGCAUCAAACACCUCCAUGCUGCCGGCAUCAUUCACAGGGACCUGAAGCCCAGCAACAUAGUUGUGAAAUCAGAUUGUACACUGAAGAUUCUGGACUUUGGCCUUGCUCGGACAGCUGCCACCGGCCUCCUGAUGACACCGUAUGUGGUUACACGCUACUACAGAGCACCAGAAGUUAUCCUGGGCAUGGGCUACCAGGCCAAUGUGGAUGUAUGGUCAGUGGGCUGCAUAGUGGCCGAGAUGAUCAGGGGAAGUGUGUUGUUCCCCGGCACUGAUCACAUUGACCAGUGGAACAAGGUAAUUGAGCAGCUAGGCACUCCAUCUCAAGAGUUUCUAAUGAAGCUGAACCAAUCAGUUAGAACAUAUGUAGAAAACAGGCCACGCUACGCUGGAUACAGCUUUGAGAAACUGUUCCCGGAUGUGCUCUUCCCUGCUGACUCAGAUCAUAAUAAACUAAAAGCAAGCCAAGCAAGAGAUCUCUUAUCCAAGAUGUUAGUGAUUGAUGCAUCUAAGCGCAUCUCUGUAGAUGAAGCUCUGCAGCACCCCUAUAUCAAUGUUUGGUAUGACCCAGCUGAAGUAGAGGCGCCUCCUCCGAAGAUCCUUGACAAACAGUUGGAUGAGAGGGAGCAUACUGUCGAAGAGUGGAAAGAGCUGAUUUAUAAGGAAGUGAGCGAAUGGGAGGAAUGGACAAAAAAUGGAGUGAUAAGAGGCCAGCCUCCUCCUUUAGGUGCAGCAGUGAUCGACAGCCCCCCCCAGCCCACGUCCUCCUCCUCCUCCUCAGCCAACGAUGUGUCGUCCAUGUCCACAGAGCCCACGGAUCCGAGCAGUGACCCCACCAUGACCUCUGAAACUGACAGCAGCUUGGACAGCCAUACCUCUCUAGGUGCUCUGGCCUGCUGCAGAUAACGCACACAUACAGUAGAUAAACACACAAACACGGAAAUAAACCCUUUCCUCAUCGAUGUGUGUGAUGGGAGAAGGUGAAGGCCAAUGAAACUUCUCAUAUUAGUUUGUAGAGCCGCGCUUUUAAUGUACAGUUUGUUUUUAAUUCCCCUGAUCCUGAUACUGCUGUAAAUGAUGAUGUGGUUUGAAAUUGUAUCAUUAUUACUGUAUUUUUGCUGCAAAGAAUCAGAGUAUGUUUUGAUGUGAAACUGUGAUGUAUGUUAUGAAAGAGAAGGAUUUGAGUGUGAUUUACACUUUGCUGUUUUUUAGCUACUGCUACACAGUGGAAUAUCAUAGCCUACUGUUAGCACUGCAAUAUUACUGGUAUGUUAAGUAUAAGUUUAAAUGUUCAUUUGGCAUUUUUUAAUUGUUUUUAUUUAUUUUAUUUUUUUGGUGACAUUUGAAUGAAUCUAAAACGAGCAUUUCUUCAACUCGGUAGACUAUAGCACAUUUCAUCUUAAAGCCUAAUGCAAAUGUAUGAUUUUAUUUUGAAUUUUUCCUCACCUUUCUUGUAGAAAGCGUCCCUUGGUGUAUCCAAGUUAACCUAAUUCUUAGUAUUAUGUCACCUCUGAUUGUGUGUGUCAUUACAAGGCAGUCAACGUCUCUUGCCCUGACACUGACGUAUGUUUUUUUUUUAAUAUAGCGUACUGUAAAACUGACUGGAUUUUAAGGUGUUUAUUUAAUUGUAAUUUCUAAGUGCUGGUCUGUUUGGUGAGGAAGAACAGGGUGAAUGUAAGUGAAUAGAAAUGCGAUAAGGUCAGGAGCCAAUGAUUGCUCUAAAGCGCUGUAACACACUAAUAUUAGGCCACUCCACUGGCUAGAAUGAGUGCUGUAUUUGAGGACUGUCACCAGAGACCAAGUCUGAAUUAGUCACUUUACCCUUUUUUGGCCGAUUUUGUUCAGACACACUUCACAACUGUCUGAUAUUUAAGAUUUUUAAUUUAAGUGCCCUUACUCAGUUCAGUGAUUUUUCAGUCCUCUCCGUGGCAGGUGCUCCUCUCUUCUGUGGUGCAUCUUUCUGAGUUCUACCUCACACAUGCACAUGCACACACUCACAUUUUUGAAGAUACAGUAUGUAUAUCAUGGCACACACCAUUCGAAAGAAAUGCGAGAAAAACUCUUUUUUUCUGUAUUUGUUUUAUUUAAUUAUUUAUUUAUUUAUUUCAAGCUAUGAGGCAUCUAUUGUAUGUAAUGUACAUUUCAUUCAGAAUUACUAUUUAUAUGCAUUUUGUUUCUUUUUUUUUGUUCAAUAGUUUUCUGUGCAAUAUAAUUUAGGAUUAGUCUAGCCAGUGAACAAUCUGUACAUUUUACUGUAGAUGUAAGUAUGUUUUCUGAGAGUCAGCAAACAGUCAUUUGCUACCUGCCAUGGUAACCUUUGGAUGUAUUUGAUAGCUGAGAAACCCAACCUGUCCCUUUGCCCUUGUCAUACUUGGAAACUGACUACAGCCGGGCAGUAACCCCUCACAUUAGCUCCCAGAAUGCACUUUGGGUAUUGUGACGCAUGUCCUGACCCUUUCCGUGCCACAUCUCCACUGACUGUUGUGGCUUCAUCUUUUUGAAAUUCUUCUCUUUUCCAUCUCCUCAAAAUAGAAAUAAUAGAAAGAAUAGACUACGCAUGAGUUUUCCUUGAGUAAAUCUGGUUUAGUGCAGGUAUAUUUAGAAGAAAUGAGGAAAGCCGUUCAGCCCCACUGGGAUGAUGCUACACUCUUCGGACGGUUCUGUCAAACACUGACAGCAAAAAGCUAUCCUGUUAUGUGUUUCAGUAAAAGCCAGCUGUGUGUGACUUUUAGCCUUUGGAACUGAAGUUGCCUCACUAACAGACCAAUUAUGUACAUCAAAAUUGGAAACUGUCAACUUUCAACUCCAACCAAUAAAUGAGUUGAAUUUUAA